UUCAGCCACAAGACAAACAAACCAACAAACUGGACUGAACACCAAUGUGCACAAAGUGGCACAAAGUUUUAAGAGAAUCCAGGAAAAUGUUGGAAUAGUAGUUGUAACCGCUCUAGGAAUAUUGAACAAAAGACUGGAGCGAGAAAAUAAUCUCAAGGAACUGCAUGUUGAAACAGCAGGACAUAGCCCAACGUGAACAUAACUCAUGAUCAACAUUCUGGAAGUCCAAGCUGAUAACUGCGCAGCGAAGCCAACAAGAACUAAAUGAACGGACAGAGAAAUAAAGAGAAGUAUAACGGAAAGAAAGUGUGAAGAAUUCUCAUAAUGACAGCUGCAAUGAGUGACGUUCCACCAUUCAAAUCUGAACAAGACAAUGGGAAGACAUCAGUGAAGGAAACCAUGGAGAAAUUAGGUCAACCAGUCCUCGAUCCAUUCAAAAGCAAGCAAGAGCCUACGGUGACAAGGAAAUCAGGCUCGAUGCCUCUUAAUUCACUGCUACGCUUCAGUCUCGGUGCUGAGAGGCCACAAUCAAACAACAGCAUGCGCUUUGGAGUGCUGAGCCACCACUCCUUUUUCUCAAGGCAUAAUCCUCACCCUCAUCGAGUAACACAUAUCAAUGGACUCAAUGGGAUGCCUGUUUGCACAGUAAAUGACGACUGGCAUGGCAACACUCCUCUUUCUCCACAUCCAUUGAUAAAGAGCCAAUUUCCAACUACAAUCAUGGGAAGACUUGGACUGCCCAUCAGUAUUUUCCAAUGUAAUGCCUUUGGUGAUGUAAAUAUCCCAAAGCCCGCUCUAGCACCAUUGUCGGAAGCGUGGCGAGACGAACUGAGAGAAUUUAGCUCUAAAGCCUGUUUCCUUGCACCUGAACAGCCUGAACAAAAAAAGACGGAGGAAAGACGAGCAACUCAAUAUUCUGCCCAGACUGGCCGCAUAAUGCCAAGCUGCACUCCUGCUACAAGUCACCGAUCCUCCAGAAGUGGUGCCCUGGACAGAAAUAAACCCAAUGGGCCCUUCCAGGACAAGGAGUUACUGGUUCUGGAAUUGCUUUGCCAACUUCUACAAACUGACUCGUUCUGUGCCAUCCAGCAGUGGCUGCUUUGUGCAGGGCAAAAAGAGAAAGAGUUUGUACUGGGAAUGGUUCAGUCGGUUCUUGGAAGUAGUUACCCUGAUUAUCAGCAAAAUGCUGAAAUUACAGAAGAACAACUGAUACCCCAAACAGAUAACAUUUCUACAGCCCCCAUCUCAAGAAGGUCAACUUCGACUAGGAAAAGACAUAAGAGGUAUUAUCUCAAAAAGAAGUCUGAAAAUAUUGAAGAAGACCAACCAGAUCACAUAGGAAGUGCAGAAGUUCUUCUGAUUCAUAGAAGCAAGAGUCCUGAGAGACCAAGCAAUGGAAGGCUGGAAGUCUCAGAACAAUACAAGAAUCCUGAAUCAAAAUGAAGCUAUUCAAGAAAAGUGACGAAUUGAUUUAUAUUAAUGAUUGAAGUCUGAAUAGAAACAUCUUGAAAAUGUAACGUGAUAAAACGAUGUUUUGAUUAUAUUACUAAUAUUUGUAAGGAUGCAGUUGUCAGUUUUCAGAUAAAUUUAGCAGAUCCUCUUACAUAAGCGGUAGAGUUGCUGUCUUAUGGCGCCAGAGACCCGGGUUCGAUCCUGAUCGCGGAUGCUGUCUGUACGGAGUUUGUACGUUC